AUGGCAGGAGUAACUCAUAUGGUGGCCUUCAAGCUGAAGGAGGACGCUUCUGAAGAGGCUAUACAGAGGCUCGUGGACUCGUGCAAGACCCUUGGGGACUUACCUAUCGUCAAGGACAUCACGGUCCAUCGAGACAUGGGCUUAGAUAAAGAAAGGAACCACCACAUGAUGUUCCUCGUUAAGUUCAACACUAUCGAGGACUAUAGGGAGUACAGCACUCAUCCGGUCCACAUGGAGAUAAUGCGGACCAUUCUCCUGCCGAUCCUCGAGCCUGAGGAGACGAUCGAUGAGUUAACGGCCAAGUGCUUGUCGAUGGAAGAAAGCAUCCCGGCUAUCAAAAGCAUCCAGGUUCAUAGAGACCUAGGCUUGGACCCAGCAAGGAACCAGGAUUUCAUGCUUGUGGUUUGUCUACAAGAUGUAGAGGCUUAUCAGAAUUAUGCUUCACACCCGGUUAUCCCGAGUUUCUAUGUCAUGCCCGCGAUCUGCAUCGUGUUGGGUAUCGGCGACUAUUUCACUCUCGAAUCUCUUAUCCUUGCUGUUAGUAAUACAGUCUGUCUUGUGUGUGAGCACUACGAAUGUUUAACCAUCUUCGAUGUGUAA